AUGAAAAUCAUACUAUCGCUGGUAUUGUUGUUCCUCCACGCCUCGGCCACCAUCCUCGAGAACGGCCAGGUCAGGGAGAACCCAUACCCUGGACAAGCCCAGAAGGUGUCUAUCGGCGAGAAAGGAUGGAAAACGUACAAGCCUGAUGCGGCGGAGAUCUCGUACAAGGGGCGCUGGGAUGAUCAGCAUAUUUCGUGGUGGUCAGCUCCGGGUAUCAAAUUCGCAUUCACUGGAGACAAGCUGGCAUUGAGCUUCGGCAAGAAUACCGACCAAGGCGUCCUCGUCGCCUAUCGCAUGGGAGGCCUCGACUGGCAGUUCUCCAACGUCACGGCCGACGCGACAUAUCAAUUUGCGGGGCAUGCGUCUGCAGGAGUGCACCCGACUGCGUCGACCGCUGCGAAGACGUUUGAAAUGAGAGGUGUAUCCGUGGCAGGCAAUUCCACCCUCACCAAGGUGAAGGAGUAUCCGAAGACGAUCGAGAUCAUCGGCGAUUCGCUGAGCGCAGGGCAAUACGGUACCUACGAAGGGCUCUCAUCAUGGGCGUAUACAUUUGCAGCCGGUCUAGGCAAUGCCGAGUAUUCGAUCACGGCCUUUCCGGGAAUCUGUCUCCACGACCAGGAAUGCUGGGGCAAUGAACGAGGCCAAGCAUACCAAUGGUACCGCACGGCAGAUACGUCCGGACGCGCACGAGCACUCUACGGCGAGGACCCUCCAAAAUGGGACUUUGCGGCGCAUCGCGCAGCCGACCUGGUCGUCAUCAACCUAGGCACAAACGACAACAACACCGAAAACAACGUGUCCGGCACAAACUACGUCAACAGCUACGUGAGCCUCAUUGACGGCGUGCACGAGAGAUGGCCCAAAGCGCAGGUUGUCUUGAUGUCGCUCUGGGGAGGAUUCGGCCAGGUCGGAGACACCUACGCCCAAGGAGCGCUCUACAUCGACGAGAUCAAAGCCGUGAACGAGCACUACAAGGAAGACAAAUUCGUGCACUACUUCGACACGACGGGGAUCCUGCAGCAUAAUGACAUUGGGCCGCAGUGGCAUCCGACAGACGUGGGCCAGAUCAAGGUUGCUUCCCAUCUCAUGCAGUGGGUGAAGAUCAAGUUUGGAUGGGAGAUGGAAGCGACGGGGCCGGAGGUGUUGCAUGAUACGCUUUAUUGGAAUGAUGAGUCGAGUUAUUAG